UCUCCAUUUGUCUCCUCUGGCACUGCAGGGGACUCAACCGGCAAAGCACCAAGGAAAGCCACUGUAUAGAAACGGGAAGAAGACUGAGGAAAGGGGAGAAAAAAGGAAAAGAGAGUGAGGGAGAAAUAUACAUCCAGAAAUAGCAUCAGCCCCAUUUAACUGAGAGAGUGACAGAGUGGAGAACCUGAGACCUGAACAGAAAAUGCCAAUCCUUUCUAACUUAACAACCGUUGUUUUGUUGCUGAUUGCUCACUCCGGAUCAUGGACUGGGGCAAACCGCUUGGGCCCCUUCAAGGUCUGUCCCUCCUGCAGGGAUCCACUGGGGGCAGGUCGGCCUCCCAGGAACCAUAAUGUUGCCGGCAGCACGUCAGUCUUGGCCCAGGGAGAGCCCUGUGGUGUGUACACCCUGAGCUGUGCCAAGGGGCUCCGCUGUGUUCCCCCACCAAGGGAACACAGCCCCCUCCAGGCUCUGUUGCAGGGAAGGGGCAUUUGCGCCAAGCACAGCAGGACUAGUCCCACUGAGAGGCCCCACCCCACAGGUCCCCAUCCCUCACACAGUGGUGACAUUGAAAAAGCACCCUGCCGCAAGCUGCUCAAUAGUGUCCUGAGGGGUCUCGAGCUGACAAUCUUCCAGUCUGACCGUGACAUCUAUAUACCCAACUGUGACACUCGUGGCUUCUACAGGAAAAAGCAGUGCCGCUCCUCCAAGGGCAUGCAACGUGGCCACUGCUGGUGCGUGGAUGAACUCGGCACGCCAGUGCCCUCACGUGCCAGCGAAGAUGGCACUUUACCAUGCGAUGGGCAGUGAGG